ACGCAGCCAAAACAAUUUACAUCAACCAGCAUUUGUCCAAGUUUUCAUUUUUUAAGCUUUACAUUUGUGUGGCCGAUUCAUAGCAAUCUAUAGUAAGAGCAUCCCAUAGACCCUGCCAUGUCAAGCAGUAGUGUGAACCCUUUCAUACGGCCGUACGAUAGUACGAGGGUAGAUUUUCGGGAGCAGACUGCAGAAGAGCGAUAUGGAAUUCCAGAAAACUUUCUUGAAAUUGAAAUUACCAACCCACAAUUUCACGGCACGGGCCGCAACAAAUAUGUCGAUUAUGAAGUUAUUUGCAAUACAAACAUUCCCGCUUUCAAAUUGAAAAAAUCCGUGGUCCGUCGACGAUUUAGCGAUUUUGAGUGGUUUCGGGAUGCGCUGGAGAGAGAAAGCACGAGAGUGAAUAUUCCUCCACUUCCACCAAAAGUAUAUUUCAACAACCGAUUUUCUGACGAGGUGAUUGAGCAAAGGCGACAAGGGCUUGAGCGAUUUUUGCAAAUAGUUGCUGGUCACCCACUUUUGCAAACCGGCUCAAAGAUUUUGGGUCCGUUUAUCCAAGAUCCCAGCUUCUCCCGCGACUCGUUCUGAGCCAUGUACAUAUUGAUUGAUUUUCCCUUUUCUUUCUGAGAGCAAUGCUGCUCUGUGUGUGAAUUGCUAUGGAAUGAAGGUUUUUUUUUGCCGUAGUGUGAUAGCGUGUUCAGAUUUAGUUAGCGUAAUUACAGGUUUUCUUCAAUGUUUAUCAUUGUUUCCCCCGCGUACCCCACAAUGCUAUGUACAAAAGUGUUCUCUCCAAUAUUCUACUUCAUCCA